UGUCGUGACGCUGUCGUGACGUAACGCCAGUGACGUUUCUGGGGCAUCCCGACGUUGUGACGGACUUUUAGCACAGAGGCAACAGAAGAGCCGAAGACGUCUCGCAAACAUGGCUUUGAAUCGGAAUCAUUCGCAAAACGGCGGCGUUUUGAUAAACAACGGAGAGAGUGUUUUAAGGGAAUGUAAGAAUGUGGAGCUGUCAUUCAGCGAUGUCACCUGCAAGACAGACCUGCUGAGGGGGACCAAGAAGGGCACCAUUUACCUCACACCAUACAGGUUGCUGUUUGUGUCCAGUAAUACUAAGGAUUGCCUGGGUUCAGCCAUGUUCCCCUAUUAUCUGAUGAAGGGCUGCAGCAUUGAGCAGCCUGUCUUUGCAGCCAACUACAUUAAAGGGACAGUGUCAGCUGAGGCUGGUGUUGACUCUCCCUCAUCAGGUGGCUGGGAGGGCCAGGCCCAUUUCAAGAUGUCCUUCCCCAGUGGAGGAGCCAUAGAGGUGGGGCAACAUCUCUUCAAACUGGCCACAAAUGCUUCUCGUGCCGCUCCUGCCCAAAACGGUGCGGCCUCUUACGGCUAUCCUUCACCUGGACCGAUGAAUGGCUACGGCCCACCUCCUCCCGCCUAUCCUUACCCAACCCCUCCCCAGCAGAAUGGAUUCUACCAGGGCCCUCUCCCUGCUGCUGGCAACAUGGGCUACCCCUGUCCAACAGCCGCUGCAGGAAUGUACCCAGCUGGUUUUGACUACAUGGCCCCACCUCCUCCCUACCCCGGGCCACCCCAAAAUUGGGCUGCAACCCCCCAGAACUGGGCAGCAGCAGCACCACCACCUCCUCCAGGUAACUCCAAGGCGGCCGAAGCAGCAGGCAGUGCGUAUUACAAUCCCAGCAAUCCACACAAUGUCUACAUGCCCAUGCAGGAGCGGCCUCCACCGUAUGCACCUUAUCCAAACUCUCCUGACAAGAAACACAACUAAGACUCAGGCAUCAUCACUUCAAUGACACUCCUCUCUCUUCCUCUGUAUCUUAAAUAUAUUCUAAAGCGAGAACAAAUGUUGAUGGAUACCCAGUCGAUCAUAGAAUAAUGAAAAGAAAGUGCAAGUAAUAGAGGGCUCAAAGAUGUCAGUGAUAAUUCACCAAUGAAUUCAUAUUUUGGAUACAUACUGGAGUAGCUUAUAAAGCAAUUGCAUCUUUUAAAUACUGUUUUCCCCUUUUUAUUUAAGUAAAUGAUUGACAACUUGUAACUCUAGCUUUUUGGGGGCUCAUCAUUAUUAACAUUCUCAGUGAUGAGAUUUAUUUUGUUCAGUCUAAUCUAAUCUCUAGCGUGCAGGCAGGUCAGGGGCACCUAAACUGUCCUUGUUCAGAGCUGAAAGGAGGAGGCAGUAUGAUGGAAUGUAUUUUUUAGGACAGAUUUAUUACCAAAACAUUUUGUAGCAAUUUCUUGAUUGCAGUUCCUACAGUUAUUAACAAUAGCAACACUUAUUAUAAAAGUAUUUUUGCAGUAUCAUUGAAGGUACAGUGUGUAUUUCCUAUAUAGUAGUUUUGAGUUGAGUAGUUGUCCAUAUACAAAACCAGAACUGGGUUGAAUAGUCGUAAGUAAUACAACAUCUGGCUGAUUCUCAUACUAUGAGUAGAAGAGUUGAAGUUUCCUUCAUAUAUGACCAAUGUGAUCUUGUACUACAUCAGUUACAUUACAGUCUAAGUAAUUCCAUCUCCAUCAUAAUUUAAUAUAAAUAAUGGAGGUUUUUGUUAUGAAAAGGAGCAGUGAAUUGUUUGGGGGAAAAAAGGUGGGGAUCAGGUAGAUUUCUUACGUAACAAGUCUAUGUAUGUGCAAUAUUUUUAAACAUCACAUAACAAGGUUAUAGGUGACAGGCUGGGGUUACCUGAAUGACCCCGGGUCCUACUCCUAGCUUCUAUUGUAUUCAUGUAUGCAAAGCCAAACUGAAACCAGAACUCCACUCUUUGUGUAAUUAUACUAGUGUGGGGUUACAGAGCCGCAGCGGUGCAUUAAGGGCCGUCAGUGUUUGCCUGCUGUUGAAACUUCCGAAUGAAAACCAUUUAUUCCUGAUUAAAGUGAGGUGAGGCGCCAACAGGCCAUGUAAUUGCCCCCCCCCCCAUUGUGCAUCAGUUAACACCUGUAUGAAGGAAUAUUUGCACACAGUUGUUGUGGAUAGAGGUUUUUGCUUUGGGAGGGUUUAGUUUGCUUGAAUUAAUCAAAUGUCUGUAUAUUAAUAUCUCUUUUGCAGUUAUUUUUCCUCUUGCUGAAUUUUGCCUGUCAAUUAAAAUCUAAUAAGUCAA